UCUCUCUCCUCUCUCUCUCUCUCUCUCUCUCUCCUUCGUUCCCUCUCGCUUCUCCUUCCUUGUCUCCCUCAAAUCUCUCCACUUCGCCACGCUCUCGUUUCCGAUGGAAUCAGAAUCGCCCACUUCGGAUCGAAAAGUUGUGAUUCACCUUCGCCCCACCGGUGACGUUCCCAUCCUCAAGCAAGCCAAAUUCAAGUUUGUGUAUAUCAAUAGUGCUUUUUCCCCAAAUCCAGACGAAUUGGUGAUCGAUCUUUACAAUAUGCCUGAGGAACUUAUUCAAACUCUUUCAACAUCACGUGCCGCAAUUAUUACCCAUGGUAGAUUACAUCUCACAGUCGUUGCGCUCAAAGUCGGAUGAUUUGCCACUUUCUAAUUCACCAACAAUUUUUUGUUCUAUGAAACUUGCAAAAUUUUGGUGCGGCAGUGUCGAUCUCACAUCUAUGAAACAUGAUGAAAUAGUUUAUGAGCUGUCCUAGGAGAAUGGACGGACAGGAACCUAUGGGCGGCUGAGUGCUUUGUUGGAUUAGCCAACUAAUCAAUAGAGGGUAGGUCUUUAGGUUCUCAUGAUCAGUCGUGUUCAUUUCUCACAUCUGAGAUAAAUGCUAUGUUUUGCCAUGUGGUUGGUUAUUUUGCUUUGGCAAGUAGUUACCUAUUUAAUGUGUUUGAGUGCUGUACUGAAUUAAGUAUGUUCUCGAUAUUAUAUAGCUUCUUGUCUUGGGUAUUA